GGCGCAGCCAUGCAGCGCAGCGGGCGCCGCCGCCGGCACUGAGCGCCGACCGGCCCCCGCCCCGCCGCCUCCCGCGCUGCGCCCCGCAGAAUGGACUGCUGAAUUGGGAAUUACUGCAGACUCAACAGUACAGCACUACUCAUUGCUUCGUGUAUUACUAGUUAUUUAGAUUGGACUUUUAAUAUCCUGCCAGCUGCUGUUCACACACACAUGGUGCAUUGUUGCCAUUCUCAGAAUUGCAUCUUUGAAACCCAGACCCUCAGUAACCUUCAUCGAACAAAGAGGCGACCUCCUGUGUGCGUUUAUAGAGGGAUUUUUCAGACCUGUGGCCCUCUAGCUUUCUUGCUGGUGCUGUAUUUCUGACACUAUGGAGCCCAGUAUGGAGUACUGCUUGGCACAGGUGCUGCAGAAGGAUGUUGGAAAGAGACUUCAAGUUGGCCAGGAAUUGAUAGAUUACUUCUCAGAUAAACAAAAGUCAUCUGAUCUCGAACAUGAUCAGACUAUGCUGGAUAAAAUGGUUGAUGGAUUGUCCACCUCUUGGGUAAAUUCCAGCAAUUAUAAGGUGGUUCUCUUGGGGAUUGACAUCCUUUCUGCACUGGUAUCCCGCUUGCAAGAUCGUUUCAAGGCACAGAUUGGCACAGUGCUGCCAAGUUUACUUGAUAGACUAGGGGACUCUAAGGACUCAGUGAGGGAGCAGGAUCAGACCUUGCUGCUGAAAAUCAUGGAACAAGCUGCUAACCCUCAGUACGUGUGGGACAGGAUGCUAGGAGGCUUCAAACACAAGAAUUUCCGGACAAGGGAAGGGAUUUGCCUCUGCCUUAUUGCAACACUCAAUGCAUCUGGAGCUCAGAGUUUAACACUGAGUAAGAUAGUGCCACAUAUAUGUAACUUACUUGGAGAUCCAAACAGCCAGGUUCGAGAUGCAGCAAUAAACAGCCUUGUGGAGAUUUACAGACAUGUUGGUGAACGUGUAAGGGCUGAUCUUAGUAAAAAAGGAUUACCGCAAUCUCGGUUGAAUGUAAUCUUUACAAAAUUCGACGAGGUCCAAAAGUCUGGAAACAUGAUCCAGAGUUCAGGUGAUAAAAUUUUUGAUGAUGAAGACUCCGUGGAUGGGAACAGACCUUCCUCAGCCAGCUCCUCUACAUCUUCAAAGGCCCCUGCAAACUCACGUAGAGUUGGUAUGGGAUCUACACGCAGACUUGGCUCUGCAGCUCUGGGCUCCAAGUCUUCAACCAAAGAGGGAGCAGGUGCUGUGGAUGAAGAUGACUUCAUUAAGGCAUUUGAAGAUGUCCCAACGGUUCAGAUUUAUUCCAGCCGGGAUCUUGAGGAAUCUAUAAACAAAAUAAGAGAGAUACUAUCAGAUGAUAAGCACGACUGGGAACAGAGAGUUUCUGCGCUGAAAAAGAUCCGCUCCUUACUUUUGGCUGGAGCUGCAGAAUAUGACAACUUCUUCCAACACUUAAGACUUUUGGAUGGAGCAUUUAAAUUAUCCGCUAAAGACCUGCGGUCUCAAGUAGUACGAGAGGCUUGCAUCACAUUGGGACAUUUGUCAUCAGUUCUGGGAAACAAGUUUGACCAUGGGGCAGAAGCCAUCAUGCCAACAAUUUUUAAUCUAAUUCCGAAUAGUGCCAAAGUCAUGGCCACUUCUGGUGUUGUAGCAGUUAGAUUAAUCAUUCGACAUACGCACAUCCCUCGAUUAAUACCCAUCAUAACUAGUAAUUGUACCUCCAAGUCUGUUGCAGUUAGAAGGCGCUGUUUUGAAUUUUUAGACUUGCUGUUGCAGGAGUGGCAAACACAUUCCUUAGAAAGACACAUAUCAGUGUUAGCAGAAACGAUAAAGAAGGGAAUUCAUGAUGCAGACUCUGAAGCCAGGAUAGAGGCAAGAAAGUGUUACUGGGGUUUCCACAGUCACUUCAGCCGAGAGGCAGAGCAUUUGUACCACACCUUGGAGUCUUCCUACCAGAAGGCCCUGCAGUCUCAUUUGAAGAACUCUGACAGCAUCGUGUCCUUGCCACAGUCGGAUCGCUCCUCCUCCAGCUCCCAGGAGAGUCUCAACCGACCAUUGCCUGCCAAAAGAAGUCCUACUGGAAGUACUACAUCUAGAGCAUCUACAGUAAGUACAAAAUCUGUGUCAACACCAGGAUCUCUGCAGCGAUCCCGCAGUGACGUCGAUGUGAAUGCAGCAGCUAGUGCCAAGUCAAAAGUGACGUCUUCUGGAGCAUCCACCCCCUUCAGUUCUGCUGCAGCCUUGCCCCCAGGCUCAUACGCAUCACUAGGUCGGAUUCGUACGAGGAGACAGAGCUCUGGCAGUGCCACAAGUGUCACCUCAACACCUGCUGAUACUCGAGGCCGCAGCCGGGCUAAAGUAGUUUCCCAGUCCCAGCCUGGUAGCCGGUCGAGCUCUCCGGGUAAGCUGUUAGGAAGCGCCUAUGGUGGCCUGAGCGGAGGAACAUCCAGAGUCCAGGCAGUGCCAUCAUCUUCAGAGAAGCGCAGCAAGAUCCCUCGGAGCCAAGGAUGCAGCCGGGAGACGAGUCCCAGCAGAAUAGGACUAGACCGGUUUGGACUCGGCCAGCCAGGCAGGAUGCCUGCUUCUGUGAAUGCCAUGCGAGUCCUGAGCACCAGCACGGAUCUGGAGGCUGCUGUGGCCGAUGCACUGCUGUUAGGAGACUCCAGGAGCAAGAAAAAGCCAGUGAGGAGGAGAUAUGAGCCCUAUGGGAUGUACUCUGAUGAUGAUGCUAACAGCGAUGCCUCGAGCGCUUGCUCGGAGCGCUCCUACGGCUCCAGGAACGGGGGCAUCCCACACUACCUGCGGCAGACUGAAGAUGUGGCCGAGGUCCUGAACCACUGUGCCAGCUCCAACUGGUCUGAGAGGAAAGAAGGGCUCAUAGGUCUUCAGAACUUACUGAAGAGCCAGAGGACACUGAGCCGAGUGGAGUUAAAAAGGCUAUGUGAAAUAUUUACUCGCAUGUUUGCUGACCCUCACAGCAAGCGUGUCUUCAGCAUGUUUCUGGAAACUCUGGUUGAUUUCAUCAUCAUUCAUAAAGAUGACUUGCAGGAUUGGCUUUUUGUUCUCCUGACACAGCUGCUAAAGAAGAUGGGAGCAGAUUUGCUGGGGUCUGUGCAGGCCAAAGUUCAAAAAGCUCUGGAUGUCACCAGGGAUUCUUUUCCAUUUGAUCAACAAUUUAACAUUUUGAUGAGGUUUAUUGUAGAUCAGACCCAAACACCAAAUCUGAAGGUGAAAGUUGCUAUCCUGAAGUACAUUGAGUCCUUGGCAAGACAGAUGGAUCCAACAGACUUUGUGAACUCCAGUGAGACGAGACUUGCUGUAUCUAGAAUUAUAACUUGGACAACAGAACCAAAGAGCUCAGAUGUGAGAAAGGCAGCACAAAUAGUCCUGAUUUCUCUCUUUGAAUUGAACACUCCUGAGUUUACUAUGUUACUUGGUGCCUUGCCAAAAACAUUCCAGGAUGGUGCUACCAAGCUCCUGCACAACCACCUCAAGAACUCCAGUAACACCAGUGUGGGUUCCCCCAGCAAUACCCUUGGUCGGACUCCUUCCCGGCACUCCAGCAGCAGAACCAGCCCUUUAACUUCACCUACCAACUGUUCCCAUGGUGGACUGUCUCCAAGUAUGCUGGAUUAUGACACGGAGAACCUAAAUUCUGAUGAAAUCUACAGCUCUCUUCGUGGUGUCACAGAAGCGAUUGAGAAAUUUAGUUUCCGUAGUCAAGAGGACCUGAAUGAGCCCAUCAAACGUGAUGGGAAGAAAGACUGUGAUGUUGUGUCUCGAGAUGGUGGCCUCGCUGUGCCCACCGGUGAUGUCCGUGGAAGCAGUGACAUGGUGGAAGGUGGAAGGAUGGCUUUAGAUAACAAAACCUCUCUGCUUAACACCCAGCCUCCCCGCGCCUUCUCAGGGCCACGUGCUCGAGAAUAUAACCCCUAUCCCUAUGCCGACACCAUCAACACUUAUGACAAGACUGCCCUGAAGGAAGCAGUGUUUGAUGAUGACAUGGAUCAGCUUCGGGAUGAAGUACCCAUUGACCAUUCAGAUUUGGUGGCUGAUCUUCUGAAAGAGCUCUCCAACCACAAUGAGCGGGUGGAGGAGCGGAAAGGAGCUCUCCUGGAACUGCUGAAGAUCACAAGGGAGGACAAUCUCGGAGUUUGGGAGGAACAUUUCAAAACUAUUCUGCUCUUGCUGCUCGAAACGCUUGGAGACAAAGAUCAUUCAAUACGAGCCCUGGCACUGCGGGUCCUGAGAGAGAUCUUACGGAACCAGCCAGCCAGGUUUAAGAACUAUGCGGAGUUGACUAUCAUGAAAACACUGGAAGCACAUAAGGAUUCCCACAAGGAGGUCAUCAGAGCUGCAGAAGAAGCUGCUUCCACUCUGGCGAGUUCCAUCCACCCAGAGCAAUGCAUCAAGGUGCUUUGCCCCAUCAUUCAGACUGCAGAUUAUCCAAUCAACUUAGCUGCCAUCAAAAUGCAGACAAAAGUCAUUGAGAGGAUUUCCAAAGAAUCGUUGCAUCAGCUGCUUCCUGAUAUCAUUCCUGGGUUGUUACAGGGUUAUGAUAACACGGAGAGCAGUGUCCGUAAAGCUAGUGUAUUUUGCCUAGUGGCAAUAUAUUCAGUAAUUGGAGAAGAAUUGAAACCUCAUCUCGCACAACUCACAGGAAGCAAGAUGAAGCUACUAAACUUGUACAUAAAGAGGGCCCAGACUACCAACAGCAACAGCAGUUCCUCUUCAGAUGUUUCAACGCACAGUUAAUGGAGAUAUGUGGACAUGUGUGUAGACUUAGAAGCAAUCAACGGUGCCUCUCAGAGACCUUUCUGCUACUCUUCACUGGCGCGCUCCAUCAGCUCAAGGAGGCCACGCAGAUAUUUAUUGCAAUCAGUAUUUUAGUCCCUUAAAAGCUUUCAUGUAGAAUCUUACUGGUACUGAAUGUAAAGGAAACAAGGUCUGUGUUGCAGUCUUCAUUAAAAGUGAACAACAGAAAGCCUUACUUAAACAUAUUUGUAUAGCCUGCUGAGAUCUCGGAUAAAUAUGUUUAGGUGAGCGUUCUAAAACUGAGUCUAAGAACCGGGACACACAUAAAGGUCAAACAAAUCUUGUUGGUUUAGUUCAUACCCAGUUUUGGUUUCUGUGUGCUAGUUAUCUGCUCUCUUCCCACAGCCACAGCCAUUCUGGCUUGUUCUCCUUCUCUUACAAGUCUUGUGGUUCUCUUUUUCUGCUCCCUGUUGCAGCUUGCCUAACCUGCAGAGCUCUCUGUGAGGAGAUCUUUGCAGACGUGGCUGUGAUUCCAGCCUCAGAUGCUUUAGUACAGAGAGAUAUCAAGUGAAUAAUGAAACAGUCAGUUCUUUUUAAACACCUGAGUUUUUUGUACAUAGUUCUGACCUCUGAUGGGCUGAUUUCUCUGUAACCCCUCUGCAGCCAGCUGUGCUGUGCAAAACAGGUGGGCUCUUGCUCCCUUCAUUGACUGUGUAAAUAUUCCUCUCUUCACAACCCAUUUGGCUCUUUCAUAUGUUCAGAAGACUCUGGAUUACUUGUUACUCCCCAAAAGGAACUUGAGUCCCAGUUGUUGGACAGAUGCCUGCGAGUGGGCCGCUGGAGUCUGGCAGGUGAGGGUUGGAUUAGGCUCUGAGGGUAUUGGUGGGAGCUGGCAGGGAUGUGGCUCAGCACUGCCUUGGGAGGAUACCUUCAUUUUGCUCGAAGUCUGUAGCGUCAAAGGGCUGAUCUGAUGCUCUGACCUGGCCCACUGGUGUUGGAUGGUGAAGGGCUUUGUUUCCACAACUCCUUUGUGCUUUUGUCCCAGAGGACAGAAGAGGCAUCCAAAACUAAACAGCAAGACCCCAUGGAAGCACCUGCCGAGCCAGCUGGGAUGGUGCUGGUUGCCUGUCACAGCUCCCUUCCUGUGCCUGAAAAGCUUGUGGUGCUGUUAGCUACCUUUGGAAACCUCCUUCUUCCUGGCCAGUCCCACGCAGAGUCCUGCUGGGAGCUUUGCAUUUCAGAGUGAUGCAGAGGGCCCUUGUUGGGCAGUGCUUCCAGCAGGGUGCUCUGGGUGAGGGUGUAGCUCCAGCAGCCUGAUGACACGGACCAAGCCAGAGCCAAACCAACAGCAGUUGAAUGCCCAUGGCACCACCCUUUCCCAAAGGGAGAGCCUUCUGUUGGCAAAGGGUGAGCUUCCCUUGCCUCUGCCUGUAACCUGGGGGAAGCAGGAGGUUGCCAGUGCUGUGUUUGGUCCUGGGCUGGAUCCUGGCUGAUGGGCAGGUCAUCCCCCUGCCGAAACCUGCAACGGAUCAGAAGUGGAGUUUUUUCCCCAGUGCCAGUGAUGCAAGAGGGUGGUAGACCUGCAGCUUACAGCAGGGAUGGAUGUGUGCUCCCUGGCUACUCUCAGUGCAGCAGUCUCUCUCCAGCCCCCUCCACAUCCCCUUUGGGGAGCUAAAGGAAUACCAUGCUGAGGAGAGUUUCCAGUAAUGCAGCAAGGGAUUGCAAUGGAAAGGGUAAAGCCCCAUUGUCCUUCAGUCCUGAGGAGCUGUGCUGGGAGGUGACACUUGGUGCCAGCUCCCCUCCCAGUCCCCGGAUCUGGGAAAUGGUGGGGGAACUGUGCAGGAUUGGGCUGCAAAGCUCGACAGUCUCUUUCCUUGCUGAAGGGAGAGCACAGGAGGUGAACUGUUCCUGAGUUUGUCAGGAUGCCUCAUCUUUCCCAUGGCAGGAGAAACUGGCGUCCCAGUGGGUGGGGUUUCCCCCAGGGUCUUCCCACUGGCUCACCUAAGGUAGGAUUGGCUGCCCCAUUGCUGGUGUCCCUCUUUCUGUGGACCAUUUCUUUUCACCAUCUUUCAGUAUGCUUGUUAGAGUAUUCUUUUUAAUUUUUUUUAAUGAUUCAAAUAUUUUAGUUUAACACACAUUUAUUUUCCCUUUUGAGGAAAUAUUCAGCCAACUUGUUGGCAGCAGUUAGCUGUCUUGUUUCAACUUUUAGGAGGGGGGUUGUUUUUAUGUUGCUGUUUGUUUUGUGUCUCUUUUUUUUUUAAUUUGUACUCUAACUGCUUAGUAUUGAUGCCUCUUUCUCCUCAUCUCAGUUCAGCGUCAUCUGUUCCAGUUCUGGGGUUCAGAAGGUCAGCAUAGCAAUUAGUCUCUCCCAGCCGAGAUGGAGCUUUGUCCAUCACCAUUUGCUGUUUGGGUUUUGUUGUAUUCUUGGGUUGGUUUUGGGUUUUUUUGGUUUGGGUUUUUUGUUAUGUUUUUUUUUUGAAUGGCACACUGUAGCAAACCUCCAGGAAUCGAAUUCCUACCCAAAUGACUUUAUAUAGUAUUUUAUAAAAUCCUGUUAGUAUGCACUGAGAGUGAACGCACUGUAACGUCCCCGAAGGGGCCCUGGCGCGUGUGCUGGCUCUGCAGCCGGAGGGAAGGGCCUGUCCUCGGGGGGAACUGCGGCUCUGCACUGCCCCACGGGCCUGAGCUGCCCCACAGGCCUGUGCUGCUCCAUGCCACGGGCACAACCCGGCCUCACCUUCUGAAGCAGGUCCCGUUCUGUUUGUCAACAGAUGCUCAUUCACGUGCUACUUAAUUUUGUUUUGUGAGUCAGUCGAGGACUGUUCAUCCUUUGAGUACUCUAGAAGUAUGCUGUACCUGUACACAGUAGAAAGCAUUCUGCUUAGGUAUUUAUAAAUCAUUGCAUACCAUGUACAUAGUGAGGGUUGUUUAGUAUGUCGAACAUAAACCUGCUUAUUUUUUUGUGUCUGUGCGUUUCCUUUGAAGUACUCAAAGGGCUAACUCCGAAUGUCACCCUCUCUGAUCUCCAGCGUUCCGACUUCAAUGAGCUGUACAAUCAUUUUGUGUUCUCUUCAGCAAAGCAUAAAGGUCUCUCUGUCUACAAACCACAGUGUCCACGCACUCUUGCAGAGAGAAGGCUCUGCAUGCUGGCAGUGCCUCACCGCACCGGUGAAGCUUGUGUUCACCUUCUCCAAGCAGUAGCCUCCUACUGCAGCUGCCUUUUCUUGGUUUUCUUUUUCUUGCUGCCCAUGAUGCAGGGCUUCAAUUUUUCGUACCUUUAAAAAAAAAGAGAAAAAAAAAAAAAAGUGUAUUUUCUUUGCCCACCAUGCUUUAAAAGUCUGAAUGGGAGCAAACUCUCAGCAGACAGUGGCUCCUGGCUGCAAGGUUGCCGAAUUCUCCGACGUGGAUGUUUUUUCUGCCAUUGGCUGCACCAGUGCUCCGUGGGCAUGGGCAAAUACCGGCUCCAUCCACCCCACAGGUCUACGUACUGUAGUUCUCAUGUAGUGCAGAAAUAUCGAGGCAUGUGGCUUUUCUUAAGGUACACUAUGUGUGCUUGCCUGGAUUACAAUACAAUACGAGACUGUCUUUUUCUAUUGCUUAUUCCUAGCUUACCCAAUAAUCCGUUACCAGUAACGUAACUCGCAUCUUUGUCAUCGGAACCUUUUUCUCCCCACCCCUUUAUUUAUCGAGCAUAAUAUUACAUAUUAAGGGACAGAAAACUAGACCUUUGUAGUAUACAGCAGGACGUUGCUAACGAUGUUUUAAAGGGGAAGUAAAACCCGCUCUGGAAGAUGCCAGCCAUGAGAAAUGACUUUGGCACCGUGUUCAUGCGCAUGGAUUUUUGGUUUCUUCUUUUCCGUUUUUUCCGCUUUUGUCAUGUUACAUCCAUAUCUGUAUUUAUAUCUUAUUUGUUUCACUUUUGAGUGUAUCAUGGCAAUUGUACAGAUGGUUUUUUUUGUUAACAUUUACGUGAUAGAAUUUGCUAAAAAAAAAAAGAAAAAAAUUAAAAUAAAACCUUUUGAGUUUGCCCUAGAA